ACAUAUGUACUGCAGUACAUGACAAACAUUUCGGAGCAUUUGGGGCAGAGAUUAUGCAAAUGUAUUAAUUUAAUUGUGUUUACAUAGAUCAGUUGCAGGCAUAAGAUUCUGAAAACAUAAAGACUUGUUUUGGCAAUUCAGAAACUAUCUUUCACUUUGAUAAUGCAGAUUUGCUACACAUGUAUCUGGGAUGGCUGUGCUAAUAUUAUGAUUAUAUUGCAUUUUUCUAUACUGUUUUUAUGUAUUUAUUUUUCAGGUUAAGAAAUUGAAAAUGCUGGGCUAUAAGCCAUUGUUGUUUACUUCGAAAGAAGAAAAAAAAAGGAUUCAACACAGAGCUAAUAACAACAAUGGGUCCAUUUGGAGAGGGACCACAGCAAAAAAUUAUAGAUAAAAUGGCCAGCCUGUACGAAGUUUUUAUUAAAAAUUUCCAGAGGUUUCAGAAUUCGGCUGCAACAGACCCUGAUGUCUGCCAAAACCUAGCAUCAUCGGUUUCUCCUCCAGCUUCUAUUCCUCCACCAUCUUUCCCAAACCUUUCUCCUCCACAAACUUCCUCCAGCUUUCCUCCUUCAUCUGAUGUUCCUCCACCAUCUUUCUCAAACCUUUCUCCACCACAGUCUUCUUCCAGCUUUCCACCUUCAUCUGCUGUUCCUCCACCAUCUUUCUCAAACCUUUCUUCCCCACAAUCUUCUUCCAGCUUUCCUCCUUCAUCUGCUCCUCCACCUUUAUCUUCCAACCUUAUUCCUCCAACUAAUUCCUCAAGCUUCAGUCCUCCUACCUCCUCUUACAUCACCCCUCUUCCACCUGCCUCUUCAUACAAAACACUUCCUGCUCCACCGCCUACUUCCCUCACUACUACACCUACUUCCUCUCUAUCAAGUCCUGCAGUCCAGUGCAUGACUACAGAUUCCGGUGAUUCAGAUUUAUCCUCCAGAGAAUGUGUCAUAAAAGGGGCCAAACAAAAGAAGUGGAUCUACAAACAAGCAGAAUGCCAAGUACAUUCCAACCAGAAAACCUUUCCAUAUGACAGGAUUGUGAAAAGGAGGAUGUCCAAAGAAGGUGUUGAAGAGGCCAGAGUCAGAUGGAAAGCCGUGUUCUGGAUGGUAAGCGUCACAAAUACACAAUAUAAUUCUGUCAUACAGUGGUGGAAAUAUGUUGAACAAACUAUGAAAGUUUUUUGAUGUUAACAAUUUUUCUUGUAGAUAAUAAUGUAAAGUGAAGAUAACCUUUUUUCAAAGCUUAAAAUUGUAAUAAUCUUUAACUAAUAUAUCUGUGUUUGCAGCAAAUUACUUAUAAAAAUUGUUAAUUUAAAUACCACAGCCUAUCCUGUAAAAAUAAUUAUAAUUAAAUGUCUUUUACUGAUUUACAGUGGGAUGAAAUGGAAAGACUCCUGGGAGCCAUUAAAUCACUUUUUGUAAAAUACAGUGGGUUAUAAAAAAGGAAUGCUUUUAAAAAGAGAGUUGUCUACUGCUGUUGUUGCUAUUUUCGGUGCAUGUCUUGUUUUUGUUUGUUGUUUUAAAUCUACUUUAACUCAGCACAUGUUUAAACC